AUGUCAAACAACUCACUCUCGGAAGCAGUCGUCCUCGCAAAGACCGGCGCGAAAACGCUGCUCGACGUGCGUCACUUGCACUGCUGGGGCGAAGAGUUUGGCGACAUUUCCAUCGUUGCACGCAUGGCGAACGUCGAAGUGCUGAGUUUGAGCGCGAAUAAAAUCUCGCAUUUGCAGCCAAUGAGGGCGUGCUUGAAACUCAAGGAGCUCUACCUGAGACACAACCAGAUAGCCAGCGUCGCCGAGUUGCAAUGGCUGCGCAAGCUCCCAGAACUCAGGUCGCUGUGGCUCUCCGACAACCCAGUCACCGCUCUGCCAAAUUAUCGCCUUCAAGUCAUUGCAUUGCUGCCUCAGCUUCAGAUACUGGACAACUUGGUCGUUGGCGCAGCUGAACGCUCGGCCAUUCCACCAUCAUCUCGACCAGUUCAGAAGUCUCCUCCAACACAAACUGGCCUUCCAACAAACCCUGCGUGCCGCAAUUGCCAGCAUCACGACCCGCACGAGUCGCAUCUGAAACAACACGUCGAGCAACAGCCUCCUCCUCGCUCGAGUGCAUCGCCAGCAGCUCCCGCGACGCCGCCUGUGUCUCCAAAAGUCAGUGUCGUCGGGCCAUCCGUGGAGCGGCCUUCUGCGAACAAUGGUUCUCCGACCAAAACAGCGCCGUCCGCCCCAUUGCAAGCCGUUCUGGUCCUGCUGCCCUUGCUGAGCAAGAACGAGCAGCUUCAUGUGUUGCAUGCGCUUCAAAGGCAACAGCCGCAACAGUAG